CGCCCAGUGGAGGCCAGGCUGGAUUGUUUGGCAUGGCAACCCAUCAGGAAACUUUGAUUGAAUCACCACAGACUUUUACCUACUCCUUUUACCAGAUUUCCCAGGAUUUUGCUCCCUCAAAUGCGAUGACUCAGCAGCUACAGGAUGAAUUUGACAGUAGCGUGGAGAAUGCAGAAGCUUGGAUGAAGGCCAUCCAAGAGAGGCUGAGGAUCAAUGACAACACCAAAGGACCUCGAUCUGCCCUAGAAGCCAGACUGAGAGAGACUGAGAAAAUACGUGCACUGGAACCAGAAGGCAGCUUGAAAAUGGACUUGAUUCUUGUGAAGGCAGAUGCUGCUCUUCGCAGCAUCAGUGAGGAUAAGAAGCAUGAGGUACUCUCCAAACUAAAAGACAUUAAAGCCCUGUGGGAAGAGACAGCCAUAUACAUUACUCAUUGUCACAGCCGCAUUGAGUGGGUCUGGCUGCACUGGAGCGAGUACCUGAAAGCCCAAGACGAGUUUUAUACAUGGAUUCACAACAUGAGGGUGACCUUGGAGCCUGACAUUGAGUUGCAGCUUGGCUUAAAGGAGAAGCAGUGGCAGCUGAGCCACGCUCAGGUUUUGCAGAAUGAUGUCCUGAAUCAGUCAGUCCUGCUGGAAAGGCUGCUGGAGGAAGCCACUUCAUUGUUCAGCAGGAUAGGUGACCCCAGCGUUGAUGAGGAUGCUCAGAAGAAAAUGAGGGUGGAAUAUGAAGGAAUCAAACAAGAAGCUCAGAACAGAGUGAAACUUCUUGAAAUGAUAACCAAGGAACAUGAGCAGUACAACGCCAAUGUCAACCAGUUUCAGUCGUGGCUGAAUGGUGUCACAGAGAGAUUAAACUGCUGCAUUGGAGAAGCAACCAAGUCUUCAUCAGAGGACAAGCUAAAGACACUGAAGGAAAUUGCCAAAGACAUUAGGAGUGGUGGAAAGAAAUGGAAACACCUUGAAAAUCAGUGUGCAGAGGUGAUUCAGAAUACCUCUCCACUUGGAUCUGCAAGACUGAAGGAUGAGCUUGAAGAGCUAAGAAAAGCCUUGGAGAAGUUGAAACUGCUGAGUAGUGAGGAGGAGGAGAGAGUGCUCAAGAUCCAACAGUCUGAAAGUGCCUAUGAGUCCCAAGCCAGACAAUUAGAAGCAGACAUCCAGAAGCUGAGAAAAGAUCUGCAGAGACUAGAAAAUGACCUGGACCCUGGGGAAGGGGAAAAGACUGAAGAUGAAUUUGUAGCUCUAUGGAGAAAAUGCAAUGCAACAAGAGCAGCUCUGGCUGCAGAAGAGUCAAAGAUUGAGAGGCUGAAGGCUCAGCUUAAAGAACUGCUACGGUUUUCCCGAGAUGUGCAGCCACAUGCUGAGAGUGUUGUCUCUGCAAUACACCAGUAUCAAAGGGUUAGAGGCAAGACUUCUAAAAUGAGCACUGAUACAGAAACCCAACUGAGGAGACUCAUCCAAAAUCCCCUGCAAAGUUUUGAACAGUGGAAGCCAUCAGUCCAGAUGCUCCUGGAGACUCCAGAGCCAGAACUGGCUCACAUCGAGGCUGCUCUAGCUGAAAGCUCCCAGUUCAAGGAGAAGUUGAUGACAUUACAGCUAAAGAAAGAUUUGCUAAACAAUGUCCUUGGUGAGGAAAAAGCAUCGUCUUUCCUUCAAGAAGUAGCUGAAGCUUCAAAAGAGAGAGAAAUUCUACACAAAAGUCUGCUGCAAAGCAAGAGCAAACUCCAGAAUUUGAUAUUGCAACACAAGAACUUUGAUGCUGGUUUUGCACCAUUGCAGAAGAAAUUAUCUGCCAUCAAAGCCAAAUUAGAUCUGGAGAAGGAACCACGGUCUGACCUCUUGGGUAAAAAGACACAACUCCAGAGACUCCAGAUGAUCCAAGAUGACUUAGCCGAGCUUGCAGUUCACAUGGAGGAGGUAGAGAAGCUCGUUCAGUCAAAUACCACACACAGGCAUGAAAUGAACCAACUCUCAUCUGACUCUCAGGCCCUGAAGAGAUCACUAGAGACAAUGAUACAGCAGAGUGAAGACCACGUUCAGAAGCAUUGGGCAUAUAAUGACAAACUGUCUGACCUCCAGCAGUGGAUCUCAGUAACCAGGGAGAAGAUUGAGUCCUGCCAGGAUGCUGAGGAAGAGCAGAACACCGAGGGCAGGCUUGAAGACCUGGAGAGAUUGCUAGCUGAAUUUCCAGAUAAGGAGAUCCUGCUGCACCUUGUGGAAGCUCAUGGCCAGUUGCUCAUGGAGAAUUCUUCUCCAGAGGAGAUUGCCCAUAUCCAGGCAGAGCUGGAUCAGCUGAAGGAGUCAUGGAAAUCACUGAAGGAGAUGGCAACUGGUCUCCUCAAAAAGUGGCAGUUAGACAGACCAGUGGCUGACAAGAAGAAAAGAGCACUUGUGGACAGCAGAUGGAUAUCUAGACCUGCUUUCCACCUUUUUGAUGUCGAUCCCAACCAUAAGCAGGAGAAAAUGGGAAAAUGGCAAAGUACAAGCAGCCACUUAAAGCUCCUACAUGACUUUGAAGAGUGGCUACAAGGAGAAAACACCAAACUGACCAAAAUUCUUGCUGGGACUCCAUCUUCUGCAGAGGAAAUCAAGGCACACCAGCAUAAACUUGAGGAGCUGCAGUCUCGUGUGCCUCAUGGUCAGCAACUCUUUGAGGAGCUCCUUCAUCUUCACCCUGUCUUUGGAAAUUCUGAAGACCUGGAGGACCUGCGUUACCGAUGGAUGCUCUACAAAUCUAAGCUGAGAGAGUCCAUGAGUUCGCUGAGUGCUGGACCUUUGGAGGAACCAGACAGAUUCAGAAAGAAGCGCUCCGGAGGCGUGUGCUCGUACCUGCACCGCGUGUGUCGGGCGGCACUACCAUUGCAACUGCUGCUCCUGCUCCUCCUGCUCCUGGCCUUCCUCCUGCCCCUGGCAGAAGAGACCCACAGCUGCACACUGGCCAACAACUUCGCUCGCUCCUUCAAGCUCAUGCUGAGAUACGAGGGCCCACCUCCAACAUAACUUCUUGGUGUGGCGCGAGGUGACUGGCAGAACGCAGACUCUUUAUUUCUAGUUGCUUCUGUUGUAGAUUUUAGGGCUUCUAACAUGGCCAUCAUGUCAACUGGAUAGAUCACAUAAUUGCAACAUAAGAUUAAUCCAUUUUAAUCAGGUAUUUGAGCAAAAUUAAUAUUUUUACAAUUUUUUUUAUUAUUGUAUUUAUAAUAUGUAUAUAGAGAUCGUGUAUGUGUAUGUAUGUACAUAUAUAUAUAUAUAUAAAUGCAUAUCUGUGGUCAAACCAGCAACCACCAUCUACUCAUCCCCUGUUUAAGGAUAAUUCUGCAAUGUUUCUGCCAUCUUUCCACAAGCAAUACUGAAGGAUGGUGUUGUGGGAUUUUCUGGGUGAUUUUUAACAUCAGAUUCUUGUUUACAAAGACUGAAGUCAGAGCAAGUAUGAGAACAUUUGGCAUGCACCAGAGUGUAAACUGGAGAGCAGGCACAGUAGAAUCAUGUUUGAAUAGAGUGGUUGAUAUUCAGCCCAAGGAAGAUUUGGACUAUUCUCUUUGAAAGUUGAGCUGGUUUUACAGUAUCUGGAUACUGCAGGGAUUGCAGAAGCUAAUAGAAGUGUUUCUACUGACUUCAGUAGGAGUGGGGGUGGACCUCCUCUUGUUCUUAUUUUUUACCAGAUUUCUUUUCCAGCUACUGUAUUCUCCAGCCCACCUGAAUCAGGAGAGGUGGAAUACAGUGGGAAGAAAGCGAGGAAAAAAAAAAAAAAGAAUAUAUUUUUUUAGCAUCUCUCUAGCAGGAGAACUUUUAAAAUCAGGUCGUAAUUUUCUGAACAAAUUUGUGAGCACUGAACAAAACCUUGUAUCACCAAUCUUGUCUAUAAAAAAGAGUGGGUUUUUUGUUAGUUUUUUUGUGUUUGUGGGGUUUAGUGAUUUGGUUUUGUUGGGUUUUUUACUUUAUAAAGAGGCAUUUGGUAACAGAUUAUAAAGCCUGAACAGUGAGAUGCAGCCUGGCUCAGUGUCAGUAAAGCAAAAAUUGGAAGUACUUUAAUAAUACCACCCUGGAAACAAGAUUCCUACCUAGAAUUCUUUUGUGUUAAUGGUUUAUUGAAAUUGUGUAAACUGAUUAUAUCAAAGACAGUCAUGCAUAGAUUUCUAUGUAAUCUAAACUCUAAAAUUAUGGCAACUUGUCAUUUAUUUACCUAACCCUAUGCCUGACUAUCAAAUUUUUGAAUUUUAACGUUUUAACAUUGCCUUUUAAUGUAAAAGCAAUUCUCACUUCAGAGCGAUGAAGCCAUUCUUAGUGGUGUUUUAUCUAAUUGAUAAGACAUUCACUUCAGGAAGAGAAGGAAAGCCUGUGAUUUCUUUCAUGAAAGACCCAGGGGGAGAGGAGCUAUAAUUUGCUAGAGAAUGGGACAUAUUAAUUCCUUCUUUGCAACUUUGUGGUUCUUUCUGGUGGCAGAGGACAUACCUCCUCCUGCUCUCCUGAUUAGCUGUGCAAGUGUCAUGCACAUUCCUCUAAAAAAUUACUGCCAGCCCUGGGAGGAGAAACCCCUGUGGCUGUGCAGCAAGGAGUUAAUCAUCACACACAUCUCCAUGUCAUAUUAAAUCUUCCUUUAGAAAAGAAGUGUGGGGGAAGAGGGGCAGUAAUGAAACCUGCCCUGUGUGGUUGUGGAUGUCUGUAGGUGUGCACACACCUUUCUUUGACAUAGCUACAUUGCAGUUCUCUGUGUUUUGCUGAGCUGUUCCAGGUGAUGAAAGUAAAAUACCAGUGAGAAAGUAAAAGUAAUGAGGAAUAAUAAAGCUGCAAUUGGGAAUCAGGAGGGAGAUAGAAAAGUUUUUUCUAUGAAAGCACAAAAUCUCACAUCAGAUUUCUUUCUGCCGAGCCUUUCUGAUCUGGGUGAUUUGUGUGGGUUCACAAAUGCAUUUGACACCAUGGCAGUGUGUAACGGAGAAAAAAUUUCUGCACAGAGGAUCUUACAAGAACAACUGCAUCAUCACCUUGAUGUUUCAGUGCUCUGGCAGAUUUUU